CAUAUAAGAAAAGAGAGGCAGGAGAGCAGAGCAGCAGAGAGCCCCAAAGAUUUCUCCUUUCGCUCUUUCUUUCCCCUCUUCUUCUUCCUCCCACACUUGGCGCGCGGGAGUCAGCCGAGAGCGAGCGAGAGAGAGAUUUCUCCGGCGAACUCUGAGGGUUUCCCCUUGGCGAAUGCUGUGAUGGACCGAUCGCCGGCUCCUCUCAGUCCACCAGGUUUUGCUGUGCCACCUGCAAUGAAGGCACGGCAGAUGGCCGCUAACAGCAGCAGCCCGUGGAGAGUCCCUCCGCAGCCGCCCAACGGUACACCCAAUGGGCUCGGCGACACGAGCAUCUUCUCCACCUCGUUGCCGGUUCUUCCGCAUGAAAAAUUAAACUUUCCUGAUUCUGCACAUGGCACCCCUUUGAUUGAUGACGCGUCUGCGAGACUGAAAGAGUUUGAUGAUGAUCCUCAAGGGAAUGACUACAAGUUUGACUUUGAUCUCCGGCAAAUUGAUGACUUAUUGCCUGAUGAAGAUGAGCUUUUCGCGGGGAUCACAAAUGAGAUCGAGCCGGCUGGGCAGACAAACCCUGCAGAGGAACUGGAAGAGUUUGAUGUAUUUGGCAGUGGAGGGGGCAUGGAGCUGGACUCAGACCCUUUGGAGAGCAUCACAGCUGGUUUAGGGAAUACGACUAUAGGUGAUGGGCUUAGAGGCAAUGGGGUCAACAAUUUCGGCCUGUCAAACAGUGCCGGAGCUGUGGCUGGGGAGCAUCCAUUUGGGGAGCACCCGUCCAGGACAUUGUUUGUGAGGAACAUUAACAGCAAUGUCGAGGACUCAGAGUUGCGCUCUCUAUUUGAGCAAUUUGGCGAUAUAAGAACCCUUUACACUGCAACGAAGCAUAGGGGCUUUGUAAUGAUAUCUUAUUUUGAUAUCCGAGCUGCACGUGGUGCGAUGCGUUCAUUGCAAAAUAAGCCUCUGAGGAGGAGGAAGCUGGACAUACAUUUUUCUAUACCAAAGGAGAAUCCAUCGGAUAAAGAUUUAAACCAGGGAACUCUUGUUAUUUUUAACUUGGAUCCAUCAGUUUCUAAUGAAGACGUUCGCCAGAUUUUCGGAGCAUAUGGGGAAGUCAAGGAGAUAAGAGAAACGCCUAACAAAAAACACCACAAGUUUAUUGAGUUCUAUGAUGUAAGAGCUGCAGAAGCUGCUCUCCGGUCACUGAAUAAGAGUGAGAUAGCUGGAAAACGCAUCAAGUUGGAGCCAAGCCGUCCUGGUGGAACACGCAGAAGCUUGGUGCAACAACUUGGUCAUGAGCUAGAACAAGAUGAACCCAGAAGUUAUAGGAAUCCUCACAUUGGUUCACCAAUGGCUAAUUCUCCUCCUGGGGCAUGGGCUCAAUAUGGUAGUCCAACUGAUAACAAUUUGUUGCAAGCAUUCAAUAAAUCACCAACUGGAAAUGGAAUGGGUCCUAUUGGAAUGCCUCCUUCACUGAUAUCAAAUGCUAUGAAGAUUGCGCCAAUUGGGAAGGAUAGCAACUGGUCUAAAUAUGAUCAAGUAUUCUCAAACAGCAACCAGUCCCUUGGUGCUGCAUUUCAGCAUUCCCACUCAUACCAGGAUCAAAAAAGUGAGCACAUGAGCUCAAGUCCUGGGACUUUAACAGGGCCUGAAUUUCUGUGGGGUAGCCCAAAGCCUUAUCCGGAACAUUCCCAACCCUCGAUGCGGCGUCCACCCCCAAUUGGCCAUGCAAUGUCAUCUAGUAGCCGUCCUCAGGGGCAAGGAUUCUUGUAUGGUAGUCGGCAGGCUUCAUUGUUUGGGACUCCGGAUCAGAACCGUCAUCAUGUUGGGUCUGCCCCGUCAGGUGCUCCAUUCGAGAGCCAUUUUGGAUUUUUACCUGAAUCACCCGAGACGUCUUUUAUGAAUCAAGUUAGGUUUGGCAACAUUGGUACUAACCGAAAUGGGGGAGGCCUCAUGCUGAACAUGGCUAAUCGUGCUUCUCUAAAUCCAGUUUCUGCUCUAAGUGGAAGCCUGUCAGAUAAUAACUCUGCUAACUUCAGACCAAUACUGUCACCAAGAUUAGGGCAACCAUUCUUUGGGAAUCCCACAUAUCAAGGACCUGGUUAUUUUGGACUUGACAGCUCCAUUGACCGUAGUCGUAACCGCCGAAUCGACAGCAGUGCAUUCCAAGCUGAUAGCAAGAAGCAGUAUCAGCUUGAUUUGGAGAAGAUCCGUAAAGGCGAGGAUAACCGAACAACAUUGAUGAUAAAAAACAUUCCAAACAAGUACACUUCUAAGAUGCUUUUGGCUGCAAUCGAUGAGCUCCACAAAGGAACAUAUGACUUCUUCUACCUGCCAAUUGAUUUCAAGAACAAAUGCAAUGUCGGUUAUGCGUUCAUUAACAUGAUAUCACCUGUGCACAUUGUAUCAUUCUACCAGGCGUUUAAUGGGAAGAAAUGGGAGAAGUUCAACAGUGAGAAAGUAGCCUCAUUGGCUUAUGGUAGGAUCCAGGGAAGGACUGCACUGAUUUCACAUUUUCAGAAUUCAAGUUUGAUGAACGAGGACAAGAGAUGCCGACCCAUUCUUUUCCAUUCCAAUGGGCCCGAGACUGGAAGCCAGGAACCGUUUCCGAAUGGCAUAUGCAUCCACAUGCCUCUGGAGGGUGGCAAGGAUCUCCUUGGUGACGAAGAGGACAACAAUCACAACGAGAAGACAGCCGGAGAGGAAUCCAUGGCGGGGAGUUUGUAGAUUAUAACCAGGCUCGGAAUCGCCGUAAAUCCUAACUGUCUAGACAAAGAAGCCCAAACUGUAUAAAGGUGAGGAUGAUUUGGUUAGUGCAGAAUUUCUGGUGUGGCAUGGCGCAUCUUCUAGUUUUUGUUGCAAUGGAUGUCGCCCCCCUGAAUUGAAAGCAAAAGCUUUGAAUCAGAGUUGGGAGUUUGCUAGGUCUCUUGACCUCUCCUCCCUCUGUAAAGGUAGAUGUGGGAAGUUGAUAACUGGAUGCUUUUGGUUUUGGUUGCUGUAAAGAACUGAAUUGUACAGUUGAAGACUUUGUGUUAAUAAUGCCAGUUUGGAGUCCCA